AUGUUAGCACUCGGUGGUGGUUCUUUGGUCAUGAGGCGAUCGGCAAUCUCGGCAGUGAGGAUGGUGAUGUUUGGAAGGGGCAAUUUGACGGGUCGGCCGCUGCAGAUGAUCAAAUCAUCGUUACUUGGUGCCGAUAGUGUCUCUAAAAGGCUCUGUCACCAGUUGGUGAGGCCUAGAUUGCUAUCGAAUGAAAGAGUGACAUUGGCAGUAUUCGUCCGCUCAAUGCAGCCAGGGACGCCGGCUCUGCACAGAAGCUAUUCCGCUACUGCCAAGCUGCAGCAGGCCAAAAGGAAGAAGGUUAAGGACGGUGAAGAGAAAUCAGGCCUGGGAGACGUUGCCAGGCUUCUUAUGUUGGCACGUCCCGAUUGGAAACUGCUUGUCGUUGCCAUUACAUUGCUGGCGAUUUCCUGUGCUAUUGGUAUGAGUAUACCAAAAGUUAUAGGACUGAUCCUAGAUGUGCUGAAAACAGGACUGGAGAAUAAUGAGGGCCAGGAGGGCCCAAUCCCAAUGGCGAACGUGCCGCCAAUUUUCAUGGGACUUUCGAUAUACGAAUUUUUGGCCGGAUUCGCCGGCCUCAUGGUUCUCGGAAUCGCCGCCAACUAUGGGAGGAUCGUACUUCUUCGGAUCCUGAGUGAGAGAGUAGUGGCUAGGUUACGUGCAAAUGUUAUCAAGAAGACGAUCCACCAGGAUGCCGAGUUUUUCGAUAGACAUAAAGUGGGUGACUUGAUUUCAAGACUUGGAUCUGAUGCAUACGUGGUAUCACGCUCGAUGACACAAAAGGUCUCUGAUGGGUUUAAAGCACUCAUUUGUGGUGGUGUCGGAGUCGGCAUGAUGGUUUCAAUAUCGCCAGAACUUUCUGGGUUGCUUCUAUUAUUCACACCUCCGGUCUUGUUUAGCUCGUCAAUCUUUGGCAGGAAAAUCAGACAUAUUUCAACCGAAUUGCAGGAAGCCACUGGUCAGUUGACUAGAGUUUCUGAGGAGCAGCUUAGUGGGGUAAGAACCGUGCAAUCGUUUGUUGCCGAGCAGAAAGAGAUCCAUAGAUACAACUUCGCAAUCAGAGAUAUCUUCAAUGUCGGUAAAAAGGCCGCCUUCAUAAAUGCCCAAUUUUUCACAGCUACCAGCUCCUUAGGUGAUAUUAGUUUUCUUGUCGUGCUGGCCUAUGGUUCUUACCUUGUCCUACAGGGCAGCUUGACAAUCGGUGACCUGACAGCGUUCAUGUUGUACACGGAAUACACCGGAAGUUCAGUUUUUGGGUUAACCAGUUUCUACUCAGAGUUGAUGCAGGGUGUUGGUGCUGCCACAAGGCUGUUUGAAUUGACAGAUCGUGUGCCCUCGAUAAGCCCGACAUCCGGGAAGAAGUUCGUCCCCGGAAAAGGUGAGAUUGUUUUCAAGGACGUUUCGUUCAGCUAUCCGACAAGACCCGGCAACAUCAUUUUUAAUGACUUGAAUCUACACAUUCCUGCAGGUUCCAAUGUUUGUGUGGUGGGACCGUCAGGUCGCGGUAAGUCCACAAUUGCGCUUUUACUUCUUCGCUUCUACAACCCUACUAGCGGGCAGAUCUUCAUUGAUGGACAGGAUAUCAGCAAACUCAACAGCAAAUCUUUGAGACGUGAGAUUGGUAUAGUUCAGCAAGAGCCUGUCUUAAUGUCCGGCACAAUACGGGACAACAUUACCUAUGGUUUAACGGAGACACCGACUAAAGAAGAGAUUCGUACAGUCGCAAAACAGUGCUUCUGCCACAACUUCAUCACGAAGUUUCCUCAUGGCUAUGACACGGUCAUAGGCCCACAGGGUGCCUUGUUAAGUGGCGGCCAAAAGCAGAGAAUCGCUAUCGCAAGGGCUUUGAUCAAGCAGCCCAGUAUUUUAGUCCUCGACGAAGCCACUUCAGCACUAGACGUCGAAAGUGAAGGCGCCAUCAACUAUACCUUCGGUCAGUUGAUGAAAAGUAAAUCUGUGACCAUUGUCAGCAUAGCACAUCGUUUGAGUACUAUCAGGAGAUCUGAGAAAAUCAUCGUGCUGGGCAAUGAUGGUUCCGUCGUGGAAACCGGCGACUUCAAGGACCUUUUUGCCAACCCUUCAAGUGAACUCUCCAAACUACUGAACGAAAAGUCCAGCAGGACCGAGGUUUCUUCGGCAAAUUACCAACCUCCAGCUGACGAGAAGCAAUUGGAAGAUGAAAUAAUAGCACACUCUUCCGAGUUGGGAUCAGAAGGCCAUGACGAUUCAGUCGAAGAAAUACUGAAGGACGUCAGCUCUGACGGUAAGCCUAUAAAACUACCCCAGUAG